UAAACACUGGAUUUACAUGGGAUUUUUAGAUGUUUACACGGUUAUUAUGACGUAAACAUGCAACAGAAUCCUGCACAUGAAAUGUUAGACAUGUUUGGUGACUUUUGUUGUUGUUUUGGUGUUUUUUAUUGAAAUCCGUGUGGCGGAAAUGAGAAUAUUAUAAUAACCACCAGAGUUUGUGUAUUCAGCGCAUUGUUUUUACGCAUAGUUCGCUUAUUUUUACAUUUCAAACACUGUUUUGGCACGCGUCUCUUCAUAUUUUGAAUUCUGAGUAGUUUAAAAGUAUUUUAAAAGGCAAUAAUGAAGGUUUUAGAGAGAAAUGUGGUUCGUCUCGCGGUCGUUCAGUAUCUUCGGUCCGUUUAUGGGAUUAAAAUAAAAAACUGGAAUAAAAACAGGAUCAAACAGACAUCGGUCAACACGGUGAGGGUGUUUGGGGUUGCACUAGAAAGUCUGCCACACUGCCAUGUGCUGGACUAUGGAGACAUACCCUGCUUUAUAGUAGAUGUUUGUUCGAGCCUCAUGGAGCAUUUGGACACAGAGGGCCUCUUCAGAAAAUCAGGCUCUGUUGUUCGGGUCAAGACCCUCCGGGGCAAACUGGACCAGGGUGAGGACUGUCUGGCCACUGCUCUGCCGCUGGACGUCGCUGGACUUCUGAAACAGUUUUUCAGGGAGCUUCCCGAGCCAGUUCUGACCGUAGAUCUGCACAGUGCUUUCCUGAAGGCCCAGGAGCUGCCCACCGAAGAGGAGAGGACCUCAACCACGGUUCUGCUGUCCUGUGUGCUGCCCGACAGGAAUUUAAACACGCUGCGCUAUUUCUGCAGUUUCCUGAAGAGUGUCUCUCAACGCUGUGCUGAGAAUAAGAUGGACAGCAGUAAUCUCGCUGUCAUAUUUGCACCGAAUCUCUUUCACUGUGGUGACGGCACAGAGAAACUGAGCAGCAGCACAGAGAAGAAACUAAAGCAUCAGACAGCAGCUGUGCAGUGUCUCAUAGACAACGCUCAACACUUAGGUGUGGCUCCUCAGUUCCUGAUAGAGAAGGUUCCGGCCAUGUUGGGUUGUGAUUAUGGGAUGUUCUCACCAUCUACAGUGUCUCUAGAGGAGAGCAGCUCUCACUCUGACCUGAAGAAAAGCAACAGACGCAGUUUAGGAGAUGUGGUAAAUGGAGCUCUGAAUAAGUUUAAAACUAGUAGAACGCCAACAAAUACGCCUCAAUCUGACGGAGCAGUGUUCUCCACGGCGACUCCAGUCAUCAUGACUCCAAACACGAAGCGGAAACUUCCUGUGGAGUCGGCACAGUCUCACGGGUUCUCCAAUAAGAAACGGAGGUCUAUCAAGAAGAACCUCGGCCUGGAGCUGCUGCCAAACGCUCUGUUUGGAGGAACAUCUACACCAGGAUCAGCACACAGUGCAGGAGGGGUUCUGGACUCGACUCACAACGGUUUUCUGUCUUCUGUGGGCAGAAACUCGCGUCUGUCCAGCAGUUCAGCGAGGAGGAAGAGCAAACGACUGAGAGAUCGUAGUGUGAGCAGAGUUGAAUUGGGGAAAGCAGGCUGUUUCUCUCCCAGAGUCCAUAAGAAAGAGCCCAUGAGGAAAUCUCUGCGUCUGCGCUUCAGUCUGGGGAAAUCCAGCCGAGAGUCUAACGUCAAUACACAUUCACAACUGGGGCCAAAGGGGUCAGAGGUCAUAGGGUGGCGCCUAGCAACACAAGAGAGCUGCACCGGUUUUAUCUUCACCGCGGAGUCUCCGUUUAGUCCGGCUGUUUUAAACAAGAGUCCCACAAAAGGCUCCAAGUUUAUCAGUAAAUCUGAGGAUAACCUGCUGACGCCUCAGUGUGAUUAUAUAAACCACAGGAGCUUGUGGAGUGGAGACACUCCUGAUGUAGCUCCAACCUUCACCACAGAUUCAUUCUCUGACACACCCAUGAGCGUCUGUCCAAAGAUCAUCUGCCGCUCUGAGCCCGCCAUCGUAGUGAGCAAACCUCCCAUAGUCGGCAUUAUUCCCAAAACCCUUUGUUGUGCCUCGAGCGAGAGCAGCGGCUCGGAUUCAUUCAGCGAGGAGCGAUCUCACACUGGGCCAACUCUACUGAAAAUGAAACAAGCUUUUGGUGAGUCUGGCAGUGAUCUUCAGAGCAUCAUCAAAGACCAGAGCGAAAAUCCCAAGGACAAACCACAAGACAACAUUGGUGCAACAUCUGAGGCGGUUUCUUCUGAGGUGACCACAGAAACCUCACACAAAUCAAUGGAAAGUUCUAGCAAAUGCAUGGCGGAGGAUCACAAUGUGACGUUUGGGCAGCUUGAGAUGAUUCCUUUGUCGCCUCUACACAUAGAUAGUGCUCUGUUUGAUACUGAAGCCAGAGAGCAGGUUGAGAUCACCCACAACGGUUGUCUUUGUCUUGAAAAUGAAGGCAGAGGUUUCUUAAAAGAGGCCACGGCGCGUUCUGGAGAUUGCAGUCAUCUCAUCGAUGCUUUAGACAUCCAAAGUCCAGCGGCCUUCAGACUGGACACGUCCAUCAGGGUUCAAUCGACCCCAUACCCAGCAAGAACGCAAGGGAAAGUCAAUACGCCCCUGCCAAGUGAAUUUAAAGAGUCUGCAAGCGACUUCGCCGAUUGUCCUCAAUAUCAAGAAGACGAGCCACAGAACUCUCCAAAUGCCGCUGAAAUGCGCCGAAGGAAAGUUGCGGAUCAGAUUAAACUUUUCAACAUGAUGACACUCGAUUCACCCAAAGCCAAAGUGGUCCGAUCUCCUCUGAAGUUCCAGCGUACGCCCGUUCGGCAGUCCGUGAGGAGGAUAAACUCUUUGCUUGGAGACAGGAAAGACGUUAGGAUGGGCUGGUGUGCCAGUCAAAGCACCGCCGUGCCAAAGUCUGUGAGUUUAGAGAGCGGUUUGUGCACUCAAACCACAUCCUCAAAACCCAAACCUCCAGUUCCUCCCAAAAAACACUGCGCUGUCAAACAUACCCCACUAGAAGAUGUCACCAAUACGGUGUCAAAAGCAAACCAUGAUGCCUUCUCUGCAAAUAAGAGUGCUGCAACUGUAUUUCCCAAGUCUGUCUGUCUAGCAGAACAAGAUUCAAGUCGCUAUCGAGGUUCUCCCAAAAACCCGCUUACAGAUGGAAAACUUCUGUCAGCGAUGAAGCCCAUUGACCUGUAGUAAUAAUGUCUUCUACAGGUGCUUUCGUAAUUUGAAACUCUUGUAUUCAGGGGUCUUAAUUUAUUUUACUAGUGAGAGCAUUGAUUGUCUGAAAGGUAAAGAGCCCUUUACAGGACAAGGAAUUUCUUUGCUGAACUAGUUUUGUGUUCCCUCACAAUUAUUUUGAGUUCCCUUUCAAUACAAUCCAUUCCUUACCAAAUGUAACCAUUGUUUUGUUACCAUGGUUAUACCAUGUUCAAGUUUACCAUGGUUAUAUUAUAGUAUACUGUAUGUUGUAAAGCCAUAUUUACCAUGGUUUUACUACAGUAAUACCAUGGUUUUAAAACCACAAAAAUGGUUGCUUCUGUCACGGUUACUGCCGCUUUGGUUCAUUUUCAUAUAGGCUUGUUUAUUGGUGGAAAUGGUUUAAACCAAGUGUGCCGCACAAGCCCUCAAAAGUGAAGCCAAAACGUCUCGAUCGCCCCCCGGUGGCUGGUCCUAGUAUAGGUCAUAAGCCCCGCCUCCCCAUGUUAUUCAACGGGACGUGAGACCAACUAAACUAUUAAAUUACACUUCACAUAUCUUUUUUCCAAAGAUAGUUUCUGUCAUUUACUGUCGUUUCUAUCACGUUGAUGUCAUUUCAAGUGUUUGUUUUCAAAAUAAGUUUGUUUUUAGUUAUUUGAUGCUAUAAAAACGCUGCUGUGACAUCAUGAUUGACAGCUGUGAUUGACAGGUUCUCACUGAAGUAGUCACUGAAGCACCAACUGACUUUUUUCGAUCUUCGGAGGACUGAGGAGAUUGGAGCUUUAAAUUUAAUAUCUACAUUUCUAUAAUUAAUUAUUUCAUAAGUCAAAAGGGGUGUGUGCUUGCGAUUGAUUCAGCGAGAGUGAGGGCGGAGCCUUGAUUUCGCGGCUUUACUUCCUGCUCACUACUGCGCAGGUCUGGUCCCGAAAUCGCAACUGCGCAGACUCAAGUCCCAAGAUGUCAGCGCCAUAUCGGGACACUGGCGGCUUCAGUUCUCACCAAUGGGAAAGAGCGAAGGGGCGUCGGCCAUCUUUUUUGACAGUCUAUGGUUAAAACCAAAUGCUGCUUGUACUACAAACUACCCUUGGUGUUGCUAUAGUAGAGCUGUAGUAAACAGGUUUUGUGGCAGAACUUUUGAUUUUUAUUGUCAUAUGUUUGGUUUUCCUGUAUAUUGUAAAUGGUCAAAUUUGUCGUUAUGUUUGAACAAAUACCAUAGUUUAAUUAUUAAAACCAUGGUUAAUUUCUGUAAUGGAUGGAUAAAGCUAUUGCAAGGGAACGCAGAACUAGUCCUCUAAGGGCCUUCGUAAGGAGGUGCAUGAUUGAUCAGAAAACAUAUUUUUUGUUUCAUAUCAAACUUGUUUUUAUUUUCUAUUUUCAGUUUGAUCAUUCCAUCGGUUGUUUUGGAUUUCAGGGUCAUCGUAGUUUAAGUCGUAUAUACGAGACACAAAUGUACGAGCAACAAAGACUUUCUGAACCAGUUGUAACAUAUAACUGCACUUUGUCUUAAAAUAUUCUCCAUUGUUUGAGUAUCUGGUGGUUUGGAAAGUGAAAAGACGAGUCGGAGAAAGUGUGAAGUGAUGCAAGAAUAGUUUAUGGCUGUAUUUAGAGUAAAAAUGGAUGUCUGUACAUUAGAUUGGAAAAUGUUGGUUAUUAGAAAAGUGUCUAAUUUAGUUUUUUAUUUAUAUUUUAUUCAAAACUUGUUAAGGCCUUAAAAAAAGAACCUUCUCAUGGAAAUGUGUGAAUAUGUCAAACAGUAUUAUAGCAUAUAUAAUGUGUCAUAUCAAUGCUAUAAUUAUUUUCAUUCAUUUGUAAACUCAUGUUUCUUAAUUUGUGA